AUGAUCAGGUGUUACACUAACGCGCGAGCCCUAUUUUCAGCGACCAGAGUGGCGUUUGUGACUAGUCGGUCGCACGCGAUCCCAUCGUCGGGUCGCUCGCUUCGCAGCGAUCAACAGCCCUCCCUUCAGCCGAAGACGAAAGUGGCGACGACUGAAUGCGAUAUGCGGCUCAGCUCAGCCAGCAUUCUCGAUGGCGGCUGGCGAAAGCAGCAGAGCGCCGUACGGGACGUCUGGCGCGAAGAAAUCAGCACAUGGCGAGGAGAAAAGUCUCUCCGCGCGAACCAGGAGCUGGAAGUGCGGCAGGAGCAUAUUCGGCUCGGCUCAGCCCGGUUGAAGGUAGAAAGUUUAGCACAUGGAGAGAUCGAGUCGCCUAUUACUCCAGGUGCAGCGUCUUCGCGACGACGGUCGCUAGGCGGUGAAGAAAAUUCUUUUGAGUUCUUUCCCGACGACAGCUGGGAAAUCGUAGAUCUCCCGUCAAGCGAACCUCCUCAGCCUCUCCCGGAAGAUCCCAGCGCCGACCCGCCAGAUCCGCCCCCCGCGGACUCCGCUCCGCCCCCCCCGGGCUCCCCCCCGGACGACUCCUUCCCCUUUCCGCCAUACCCAGCGCCUUCGCCCGGCGACGGCGACGACAGCCCCUCGCCCGCGCCGGCGCCAGCGUCGCUUCCCAGCCCGCCCGCGGCUCCCGCGCCGGCAGUCACGGGCGGCGUGGGCGAAGUCGCGUCCGUGUGGUGCCCGCGUUUGCCGCGACUGCCCGCUGACUACGUCGAAAACCCUCUCGAGGAGUUUAAAGCCCUCGACGAGGGCAUGGCGAAGCUCUAUGCGCGGCGCCCAGACGGGCAGUCCAUCACUAUAUGGGUAUCGGGGAAAGACUCCCCUGUGACUAUAUCGAGUAUGCCGCCCACGUCAGAGCUCCUAGGGCUUGAAACGACCAUGCCGCAAGUUGAGGGGGCGGGGGAGCCAUCGAACCCGCACCUGGACCCGUUUUUCACCUCCUCCCUGCCUCCCUAUCCUGUGGUUCCCUUAAACUCUGUGCCGCCAGUCGUUGCUGCGUCUCCCCCUCCCCCUCCGCACUCAUUCCCCCCGCCUCCUCCCCCUGAGACCUUCACUCCAGCUUCCAAAUUCCCCCCACCUCCCCCUCCCCCGAACGUCCUUCUCGCCUCUCCUCCACCUAACCCUCCGCUCUUUUCCCCGCAGGCACCACCUCCCCCAAAUCCACCUACCCCUGGUGCGGGGAAUGUGAGUCAGCCCAGCGGCCCAGGCAGCAGCUUCCCCCUGUGCAACCCGUCACCCAUCCGGUGUGUGUUCAGGUUUGUGGGGUAUGAGGAUCGAGUGCCAACGCUGGACAUUAGCGGUGCCUUGGCGGAGGAGGUGAUUAGUCCUGCGCUGGUGGUGUUACGUGGUAACCGGACUUGUCGUGUGGUGGCGGCAAACAGCGGCAACGGGAGGUCGAUUUGCGUCCAUGUGCCUGAUGAGGUUUACCAUGCCACGAGGAGUCAGUUUUAUGCCAAUGGAGAGGUUGUGAGAGUGAGGCAAUUCAAUCCAUUGAGCUUGAAGCAGGCCUUCUCCAACUCAUUUGUUCGCCUGGACAUCAAUUCAGCUCAAGUACAAGACGAAGGGGGGGUCAUCAACAUUUUCUCCUCAGUUGUUAAGGAUUCUGAGGGCGACACCAUGCCAUAUAAGGAGAGCUGCAUUAUUUUCCGCUUGAAGGCUUCGCGACAAGAGCCGGAAGAGGUCGACGAGAUGGCCGACGCACAAGGCGCGUUCGUCACACGCGCAUUCGAGAAGCUUCUGCGGGAAUCCACGGGACGGAAGUUUCAGAAGCUACACCAGGCGCUUAAAGCCUAUUUAGAUCGACCCAAGGGGGAGCAUUUGGUUCUGGUCACAUCAGCAUCACGGGUUGAUCCGCGCUAUGGACUGCCUCAGACAGACGAGCCAGGAGCGGCGGAAAUCGUUCCGCAGCCGCAACAGCCGCCGCAGCUGGCGGGCACCAUCCCGCUAGAACCUGCGGGCAGCGGGGAGGGCAGCGGGCGCGCGCGCCCGAACACGGCGAACGCGGCGAAUGUGACAGCAGCGGCCGCGAUGGCGGAGGCGGGGCACUCGCUGGAAGGUGUAGAGGCGGAGCUCAUCCUGUGCCCGUUGCGGCUGGCCAUAGAGAGCAAGCAGAGCCGCCUCAUGGAGACGGCUCUUGACUGCCUGCACAAACUGAUAUCGUACGGUCAUUUGGAGGGCGACUGCGGGCUGGAGGGCGGCAAGAACAACAAAGUGCACACAGAGAUCUUCCAGCUGGUGUGCUCCUGCGCGGACAACACGGCACUUGACAGUGUGGUGCUGCAGGUCAUCAAGGUCAUUCUCACUGCCAUCGCCUCCUCCACUUUCCAAGUGCAUGGGGACUGCUUGAUUCUUGCUCUGCGCACAUGCUACAACAUUGUGCUCACAAGCAAGAGCCAGGUGAACCUGUCAACAGCAAGGGGCACGCUCACGCAGAUGCUCAACAUCGUCUUCAAGCGCAUGGAGGCAUCAGAGCUAGCUAGCGCCCCUCAGCGCCCCCACGCCUACCCCACACCCACCAAGCCCUCCGGGGAGGGGCCUUUCGAGGACCAACCUGCUGCUGCUGCCGCUGGGGAAUGCUGGGUUGGCAGGGGAAUGCUGGGUUGGCAGGUGAAUGCUGGGUUGGCAGGGGAGGGCGGUGGAGAGGAGGGAGCUGGGGCGACUCCUGCUGCCCCAAAACCCAUCCUGCCAUAUCAUCCUCCCCACCCUCCCCACCACAGGGGCAUCGAUCUGAGCCUGCUGGCUCUGGCACAGCGGGACGCGCUGCUGGUGUUCCGCACGCUGUGCAAGAUGGCCAUGAAGGACGGCACAGAGGACCUCGUGCUGCGCACCAAGGCGCUCUCCCUCCAGCUGCUGCAGGGCCUGUUAGAAUCGGUCAGCCGUGAGUUCACGCUCAAUUUCGCCUUCCUGGACUCCAUCAAGAUGUACCUCUGCUAUGCGCUCGUGCGAGCAGCCGUCUCGCCCUCCGACCGCAUCCACGGCCUUGCCUGCGCCAUCUUCGCCACGCUCAUCCAGCGCUUCCGCGAGUCACUUAAAGCCGAGAUCGGCCUCUUCUUCCCCCUCGUCGUCCUCCGCUCGCUAGACUCCCCGGAUAUCUCCCCCACCCAGCGCCUGGGGCUGCUGAGAGUGCUCGAGCGGCUCACAGCCGACGCGCAGUUGCUAGCAGAUGUGUUUGUGAAUUACGACUGUGAUUUGGACGCGUCCAAUCUGUUUGAGCGUAUGGUCACGUCUCUGGAGCGGCUUGCACAGAUGCCUGUUCAGGGGGUUGUGGGCGGGGGGCCAGGGGCGGGGGGAGCGGGCACGGGAGGGGAAGGAGGGGCGGCGCUGGUAGCGGCGGUGAAGCUGGCUGCGUUGCAGUGCUUGGUGAACGUGGUGCAUGCGUUGGAUACGUGGUAUGGGAAGGAUAAGCCACCAGCCCCAGCAGUCCCAGCAGCUGGGGAGAAGGAGGAGGAAGGGGAUGACUGGAAGGCGGAGGGGUUGGGAGCGGUUGAGGAGGAGGAUGAGGAGGAGGAGGAGAGGGAGGGGCGGGUGGCGAAGUGGGCAGCAGAAGAGUCGCAGGCAGAUCAGUUUGGCCGGGCGAAGGCGCAGAAGGCAGCUUUGGAAACUGCAGUGGAAAAGGUAGGCGGAGCGUUGCACAUUGUUUGGUUCAACAUGAAGCCAGAGAAGGGGCUGGCGUUCCUGCGGACGAGAGGGCUGCUGGCUGCUGAUGCUGCUGCCACGGCUGAGUUCCUGCGCUCCACCCCUGGGCUCGAUAAGACGGCCAUAGGGGACUACCUGGGCCAUCACGACGACUACCAUCUGGAGGUGAUGCACGCGUAUGUGGACGGAAUCCCCUUCCACAACACCUCCUUCGACCACGCCAUCCGCCUCUUCCUCAAGGGCUUCCGCUUGCCGGGGGAGGCACAGAAGAUCGACCGGAUAAUGGAGAAGUUCGCAGAGAAGUACUGCAAGGACAACCCGGGAGUAUUCAAGACGGCAGACAGUGCGUACGUGCUGGCGUACGCAAUCAUCAUGCUCAACACGGACGCCCACAACCCCGUGGUGACCGCCAAGAUGACCAAAGCCGACUUCGUGCGCAUCAACUCCUCCCUAGAGGGCGAGGAGAGCGCUCCUAAGGAGCUCCUAGAAGCCAUUUAUGACUCAAUAGUCUCCGAGGAGAUUAAACUGCGCGAUGAUGGCGGUCCGGGGGGUGCCGGAGUGGGUGGAGGAGCGGGCGGGGCAGGUGGGAAGGAGAAAGGGCAGCUGGUAACGGUGCUGAAUCUGGCGUCGGGGCAUAAGAGAAGCGCUGGGGACAUGAGGAAGGAGAGCGACGAUAUAAUCAAGCGCACGCAGGCGAUUGUGAGGCGAGGCCGCGUUCAGAGGGGAGUGUUCCACUCCGCUGCCCACGCUGACCUCGCUCGGCCCAUGCUGGAGGCGGUAGGCUGGCCGCUCGUAGCCACGUUUGCUGUGACCAUGGAGGAAGGGCCUUCAGGAGAUAGUGCUGCAGCAUUGGCAGGGAGUGCAGGGGGUGCAGGGGGUGCAGGGGGUGUGGGGCCGAAGAGCCUGGUGGUUGUCUGCAUGGACGGGCUCCGCUGUGCGAUUCACCUGGCGUUUCUCCUGGGCAUGGAGACUCUCCGCUACGCGCUCCUGACUUCUCUCGUGCGCUUCACCUUCCUGCACGCGCCGAGGGAGCUCCGGGUGAAGAACCUAGAGGCGAUCCGCACGCUGCUGGCGAUAGCUGAGCAGGAGCCAGAGGCGCUGCAGGACACGUGGAAUGCUGUGCUGGAGUGCGUGUCCAGGCUGGAACACGUUGCCACGUCACCUGCCAUGCUGGCGAUGCUGGGAGCGCAGCCCGCGCCGGUGGCAGUGAGGGAGGCGCUGCUGGCAGGGGUGGAGGAAUUGUCAGGGAAGCCGCUGGAACAGGUGUUUGUGGUGAGCUCGCGCCUGCCAUCAGACGCGGUCGUGGAGUUCUUCAUAGCUCUCUGCGGCGUGUCCGCAGAGGAGCUGCGCCAGUCACCCCCGCGGGUGUUCUCGCUGCAGAAGAUCGUGGAGAUCUCCUACUACAACAUGACUCGCAUCCGCAUGGUGUGGGCGCGCAUCUGGUCAGUGCUAGCUAUCCAUUUCAUCACGGCGGGUCAGAACCCCGACGAGCACGUCGCCAUGUACGCCGUCGACUCCAUCCGCCAGCUGGCGCUGAAAUAUCUUGAGCGCGCUGAGCUGGCGCGCUUCACCUUCCAGAACGACAUCCUGAAGCCGUUUGUGGUGCUGAUGCGCACGAGCCGCAGCGAGAAGACCCGGGAGCUUAUCGUUCAGUGCGUUGUGCAGAUGAUAAAGGUGAAGGUGGCCGGUAUCAAGAGCGGGUGGCGCAGUGUGUUCAUGGUGCUCACCACCGCCGCCACUGACAGCCAUGAGCCCAUUGUGGAGAGCGCGUUUGAGACCGUGGAGCAGGUGGUCCUUGAACACUUUGAGCAGGUGAUAGGCGACUGCUUCAUGGACUGCGUCAACUGCCUCAUGGCCUUCGCCAACAACGUCCUCGUCCCCCGCAUCUCUCUCAAAGCCAUUGCACUCCUCCGUAUCUGCGAGGACCGUUUAGCCGAGGGCCGCGUCCCGGGAGGCGCCCUGCGCCCCGUGAACGAAGGCGAGAAGAUGAGCGAUAACGAGGUGGCAGAGUAUUACUGGUUCCCGAUGCUCGCUGGUUUAUCCGAGCUGACUUCCGACCCUCGCCCGGAGGUUCGGAGCUGCGGUGUGGAGGUGUUGUUCGAUCUGCUUCGGGAGCGGGGGCAUAAGUUUUCGACGCGGUUCUGGGAGAGUGUGUUUGAGAGGGUGCUGUUCCCGAUCUUCGACUAUGUGAGGCAUGCUGGCACGGAUGGGGAGAGGCCGCCACCCACGGACCUGUGGCUGAGAGACACGUCCAUUCACUGCCUGCACCUGCUCUGCGACCUCUUCUGCGACUUUUAUAAGGACGUGGCCUUCAUCCUGCCAUCUCUCCUUGGUCUCCUGCUCGACUGUGCCACGCGCCCCGACCAGUCGCUGGCGGCCAUAGCGGUGGGCGCUCAGCUGAGGCUCAUUGACAGGGGAGCACCACUCUUCUCUUCAAGGGACUGGGCGGUGCUGCUUGACAGCCUCAGGUGUGUUGCUCUCGACGCAUGUGGGUGGUUUGCUGGGCUGGACAUGGCAGUGGGUGCACAGGAGGCCUUGUGGGGAUGUGACUGCGGCCAGUCGCUGGCGGCCAUAGCGGUGGGCGCUCAGCUGAGGCUCAUUGACUGGGGGGCGCGGCUCUUCUCCUCCCGCGACUGGGCCGUGCUGCUCGACAGCCUCAGCCCUGUCCCUCCCACCCCACUCCCCUCCCCCGUCUCAGCAUCAGGAGAGGGCGACAACUUUGGCAAGCGGCUGAUGGACACGCUGCUGCUGCGCAAUCUCUCCAUGGCGCUGGGGGGCGCCCCCACUCCCGCUGCUGGGGGGAGCGGCAGCAUCUGGUCGCGAGCUUCCAAUGCCAGCGAUGCUGCCCUGGCGUCUGCUGUGGAAUCCGAGGAGCAAGGCGAGGGGCCAAAGGAGGAGGAGGAGGAGGAAGAGGAGGAGGAGGAGGCAUCGGCCUUCCCCGUGGCAGACCCUGUGCGGGUCAAGUGCUACACGCAGCUGCUGCUGCUGGGGGCGCUGAAUCAACUGCAGGAGAAGCACUGGCAGCGGCUGCGGGCGGCGCACCGGCGGCAGCUGUUGGACUGUAUCGCCACCAGCAUUGACUUCGCCGCCCGCUUCAACUCCGACACGCACCUGCGCAUGCGCAUCCAAAUGCUGCCGCCCGAACGGUGCGCUCCUCCCCAUGCUUCUCUGCAGGAUUUCCCAUUAAUUUGCUCGCUGUGUUGCGCUGCUUGCACAUUUGCACUUCUGUGUUGCUUUGUGGACGCUGUAGAGGCCGAGGUUCACCGCCUGCUGGCGCUGAGGGCUCCUGUUGUUGCCAGAGUGCUGUCAGCGCUGAGCCAGAUGGACGUGGCUCGCUUUGAGCGCUUUGUGCCGCACCUCUACCCGCACUGCACCCGCCUCAUCUGCUCCGACCAGGUGGAGGUGAGGAAGGCCCUGGGCGAUCUCUUUAAAGCCCGGCUCACGCCGCUUAUUCCAGGCUCCGAUGCACCUUCACCCCCCAUGACAGCUUCCGCGUAA